AUGCCUUUCAAGCAACACGGCCGUCAGUACGACGUGGUCGUUUUUGGUGCUACCGGCUACACCGGGACGUUCGUGGCAGAGCACAUUACAACCCAUCUGCCGACCAAUUUGAAAUGGGCAGUCGCAGGUCGAUCGGAGACGAAGCUCCAAGGUCUUGUUGCCGAGUGCAAGAAGCAGAGUCCCGACAGAUUGCAGCCUGAAAUCGAAAUCUGCGGCCUCAACCACGAGGAUCUUGAGGCGCUCGCCAAAAAGACAUAUAUUCUCAUCACCACCGUCGGCCCGUAUGCAAAAUAUGGCGAGUUUGCCUUCCGAGCCUGCGCCGAGAACGGCACGCAUUAUCUCGACGUUACCGGCGAGACCCCUUGGACCGGCACAAUGAUUGGCAAAUAUGAGAGUGCGGCACAAGAAACAGGCGCCAUGAUGUUUCCUCAGAUUGGAAUCGAAUCGGCACCGCCAGACCUCGUCACCUGGUCGUUGGCCAAGCAGGUCCGCGAGAAGCUCUCGGCCAAGACAGGCGCCGUGACGGUCUCCAUCCACAAGCUGGAUUCGGCUCCGUCUGGCGGUACCCUGGCGACGGUCCUCAACUUGUUUGAGUCAUUCACGAUUCAGCAAGUAAGAGACCAGCACAAACCAUAUGCUCUCUCGCCCGUUCCAAACAACAACAAGGUUCAGUCGCAGACGUCCCUGCUGACCAAGUUGGUGGGAUUGCGAAACGUCCCCAGCCUGGGACUGAUGACUACAUCCAUUGCUGGGAUGACAGAUACGCCCAUCAUCCAAAGAACGUGGGGUCUCUUGGCAUCGGUGCCUUCGCGCGAGAAACAGUUCUACGGGCCAAACUUUUCGUUCCAAGAGUACAUGAGAGCAAAGGGUUACCUCCAGGGCAUGGCUAUUCACUGGGGACUGGCGUUCUUCGGCUUGCUGCUUGCGACUGCUGCGCCGUUCCGCAAGUUGGUGAAGAAAUUUGUUUACGAACCUGGCCAGGGCCCGGACAAGGAGCUGUCAAAGAAGGACAAGAUUGAGUAUCGUGGCAUUGCCAGCCCGGAUAAGGAGUCCAAGACGGAGUUUCCCAAGGCUUACUGUCGUGCUUGGUAUGACGGCAGCAUGUACUACUUGACGGCUGUUCUGUUGGCUCAAGCUGCGUCAACGCUGUUGGAGGAAGACGUCGACCUGCCCGGCGGUGUCUUUACUCCGUCGUGCUUGGGACAGCCGUUCAUUGAUCGGUUGCAGGGGGUCGGCUUCAACUUUGAGGAGAAGAUCCUAGAGCACUGA